AUGACGGAGGAGGAGCCUCUCAGCCCGAUGGCGUGUGUAUUCCAAUCGCCAGACGUAGACUUAUACGUCGUCACCAUCAUUGGCUUCAAAACCAAGAUUUGUACGGACGUCGUUCUUGAUGCCUUGAAGCGUAAUGUCUCCAAGCAUCCUCGUUUCUCCUCCAACCUGUCUGAGAAUGGUGCAACAUGGAUAAAGACUGAAGUCAAUGUAGAAGACCAUGUAGCUAUACCAUACAUUGAUUCAGAAGAGAUAGGUGAAGAUGGACAAUGCUUUGUCGAUGACUAUAUCUCACGUCUCACAAUGAUUCCUCUUGAUAGAUCAAUACCCUUGUGGGACAUGCACAUCCUUAACGUCAAAACCUCAGAUGCCGAAGCAGUAUGUGUAGUUAGAACUCACCACUCGUUGGGAGAUGCAACAUCAUUGAUUUCCCUCAUGCUUGCAUGUACCCAUAAGACUUCAUCAGACCCCAAAGAUACUGACAUUCCUUCCUUGAAACGGCGUGAAACGGUGCCGCAUGCAGGCCUUAGAAAACAAGGCUGGUUCUUAAGGUUGAUAUUUACCGUUUGUUCUAUAGUGACACUGCUUUGGAACACACUUGUAGAUAUGUUGCUUGUUUUGGCGACUGUCUUGUUUUUGAAGGAUACAAAUACACCUUUAAAAGGUGGCGCAGAUGUUGGGAGAAAGCCAAAGAGAUUUUAUCACAGAGCUAUCUCUUUCGAUGACAUAAAACUUAUAAAGAACGCUAUGAAUAUGACUAUCAACGAUGUUCUAGUGGGAGUUACACAAGCUGCUCUUUCUACUUAUUUGAACCGACUAUAUGGUAACAAGAAAGAAGAAGAGGAUGGAACAUUGACAUCGUAUCCGAACCAUCUUCCAGAUAGGCUACGUUUCCGUGUAGGUUGUGCAGUAAAUCUGAGGUCGGACACUGGAUUAAAGCCUUUGGCAGAUAUGAUGGCCAAGGAUUCAAAAUGCAGAUGGGGAAACUACGUGAGCUGUAUCAUAUUGUCUUUUCACAUCGGUCUACAAACCGAUCCAUUGGUCCAUCUAAAAUUAUCUAAAGCCAUGAUGGCUCGAAAGAAGCAUUCUUAUCACGCUGCACUAGUGUAUUUUGUCGUCAAAAUCGUCCUGAAAGUGUUUGGAAUUAAGGCAGCAGCAACAUUAUUCAAUCAACCCGUGAAUAAUAUAACAACAUUCGUUUCAAACGUCAUUGGUCCCAUGGAUGAUAUCAGUUUCCGUGGCAAUCCUAUAGUUUAUAUCGCUUUAAGCUCGUACGGACACUCACAAGCAUUAUUGGUACAUUACAUAAGUUAUGCGGGGAAGAUGAUAAUCUCGUUAGCGGUGGAUCCUACAAUAAUACCGGAUCCUCAGAAGAUAUGUGAUGAUAUGGAAGAGUCACUCAAGUCAAUGAAAGAUGCUCUUUCCGAGAGAGGAUUACUCUAAGGCUUGUGAGAAUUUAAAGCGUGUAUAUGUAUGUCAUUUAUAUGAAUGUAUCAAUAUUUUAAUCAUAUUUUUUAUUAUAUUACCC